CAUCUGACAACAGAGAAUAUAAGAAGUCGGCUGAGGAAGCUGGCUUUCCGUUACGAAGAAGUUAUUCGUAAGGAUGCCUGGGUUUGAGAAUAUGUAUCGGACCUCCACCUCCAGUUUGCAAAGAAAGCCAAAAAAAAGUGCACCGUGCCCUCUCUGUGGCGUCUCCUUCCGAAAUGUUCGCCAACAUCUUAUAAAGCUCCAUAAAGUACUCAACAAAAUGGAGCUCAGGAUCUUGCUGCAGUACACAUCUGGCACGUAUAAUGGCCUCAAUGAUUGCCCUAUCUGCAAAAGGUCUAACUUUGUGCGUUUAGAUAAACACAUGAAACUAUGCCAUUCAGAUAUGACAGAAGUGCAGCAGAAGGAACUUCUUACGAAAGCUAAAAAACAGACAAAUCUUUUGGAUCUGAAAACAUUACGGGCCAAAAAUCCAUCCCCUCCCUUGGUUAGUACCCUCGAUGUGGAGAUGUUGGCCGAGUCAGAUGAUGAAACAAGCUCCCCUCAGCAAUCGAUUAUGGCACAGAAGGACGUCAUUACACACCAGGUUGCUCCCCACCAAGGACCAGAGGAAGGAGACACCAGAGAGAGGGAGGACACUGCUCCAACCACACAACCAAACUGCAAGGGCUGCAAGGUACAGAAAGCAGUUGUCAAACAACUGAAAGAAGAGAUAAACACAUUAAAAAAUAAAAACCCAUUCCCCCUGCGGAGAAAAUAUGAGAGAAGGAAUACUGUACAGACAGAACUUCCAGUUUUUGAAAAAGUCCUUCAGACCUGGCUUAAUCAUAUUGAAGGCGUCACGUAUCGCCAGAACGAGAACGCACGCCAGAGAGUCACACGUGUGCGAUCCUGGUUGGCUUACAUGAGUGAUGGAGGGGUGCCAACCAUGGAUUUUGCUUUCUUAUCAGACCCCAGCAAGCUUAUAAACUGGGCGCACUCUUUGAGGAAUUUUGCUGUAACAACACAAAGAAUAUACAUAAGCGAUGUGAGGUCUUUCCUGAAAUUUCUCCUUGAAGCACGACUGGACACUGUGAGAGCCUCUAAAAAGAAAUUGAAGGGGGCAAUUUUCAGCCUAGACAGGCUUCGGAGGAAACUAACGAGCAGGCUUGUUGUACACAAACAAGCUGUUAAGGCCAAAAAAUCAAAAAACAUUCUGGAUGCAGUACACAUACAGACCUUCCUGGAAAAGGCUAGACGAGCAAUACCGAAUGCUUUAGUCACUCUGGAGCAAAAUCCCCUGCCACAAAACCUUUACCACCUAUUUGGCCUGUUGUCAGGGUUCAUAAUUUGCCUGACAGGGCACCGUAGGGGAGUCUUGUUGGGAAUGGAGGCAGAAGAAGUCCACGCUGCACCUAAAGACAAAAAUGGACGUCGAGUUAUUAUGGUGGCAAAACACAAAACAUCCUCAAAAUAUGGCCAUGCCCUUGUCCCUUUGGAAAAGGAGGAAUAUGUCUGGUUUGCCAGGUUUUUAUAUCAUAGGCACAAAUAUCCCAUGGGCGAGUCCAAAUUGUUUUUUGCAAACACAAAUGGGGGUCCAUUCUCCCGCUUAGCAGGCACUUUCCAGGAGUGCUGGAAGGAGUUUGGGCUGCCAGGAAAACCAACAUUUGGCCUCAUACGAACAAGCAUCAGCACCUAUGUUGGCCGUGAACUGGAUUACAAGCAGAAGGAGCAGGUACGGCGACUCAUGUGUCACAGCACAGCAGUUGCUGAGGUGUUUUAUGAAGCCAACCAAAACCUGACAGAUGCUUUCAAGUCCCGCCGGGCCACGGCAACAGCUGUCCAGAAGCAGACCAACAAUCCUAGGGAAGGAAGGGAGGAAGAUGAGGACAUGCACAGAAGUAAGAAAAGAUGCAUCUCCAAGACACGCAUGAGAAAUUACAAAGGUGACAAGAAAUAUCCCGAAAGUGACAUCAAGGACACCAGUACUGAAGACAGUGAUGACACCACAGAAAAAACAGAGGAGGAGGAUGAGGACAGAAUAAGGAGGAAGGCUGCUGGCAAGACAGAUGACAAACGUGACAAGAAAUAUCCUAAAAGAGAGACCAAAAGCACCAGUGUUGACAGCAGUGAUGACACCACAGAAGAAACAGAGGAGGAGGAUGAUGAGGACAGAAUAAGCAGGAAAGUUUCUGGCAAGACAGAUGACAAACGUGAUGAGAAAUAUCCUAAAAGAGAGACCGAAGGCACCAGUGUUGACAGCAGUGAUGACACCACAGAAGAAACAGAGGAGGAGGAUGAUGAGGACAGAAUAAGCAGGAAAGUUUCUGGCAAGACAGAUGACAAACGUGACAAGAAAUAUCCUAAAAGAGAGACCAAAAGCACCAGUGUUGACAGCAGUGAUGACACCACAGAAGAAACGGAGGAGGAGGAUGAUGAGGACAGAAUAAGCAGGAAAGUUUCUGGCAAGACAGAUGACAAACGUGACAAGAAAUAUCCUAAAAGAGAGACCAAAAGCACCAGUGUUGACAGCAGUGAUGACACCACAGAAGAAACGGAGGAGGAGGAUGAUGAGGACAGAAUAAGCAGGAAAGUUUCUGGCAAGACAGAUGACAAACGUGACAAGAAAUAUCCUAAAAGAGAGACCAAAAGCACCAGUGUUGACAGCAGUGAUGACACCACAGAAGAAACGGAGGAGGAGGAGGAUGAGGACAGAAUAAGCAGGAAAGUUUCUGGCAAGACAGAUGACAAACGUGACAAGAAAUAUCCUAAAAGAGAGACCAAAAGCACCAGUGUUGACAGCAGUGAUGACACCACAGAAGAAACGGAGGAGGAGGAUGAUGAGGACAGAAUAAGCAGGAAAGUUUCUGGCAAGACAGAUGACAAACGUGACAAGAAAUAUCCUAAAAGAAAGACCGAAGGCACCAGUGAUGACACCACAGAAGAAACAGAGGACAGGAUAAGGAGGAAAGGUGCUGGCAAGACACGCAAGACAGAUGAAAACAGCAACAAAGAAAUAGUUGUGAUACUGGACAGUAACGAAGAAGACCAGACACAAGACAAAGACAAGAAGGAUGAACAAAACAACAAAGAUACCUCAAGUAUUCGAAAGGAUGACGCAGGACGUAGUACAGAUUCAUUCCCGCGUUCAUUAAUUUUCCAUUCCACUAAUCCUCCGCCGAGUCACAGGAGAACCAGGAGCAUAUCCCAGCGAGCUCGAGGCAAAAGGCUGGGGACAGCCUGGAAGGGGUGCCAACCCAUCACAGGGCGCAAUCGCCGACCCACUCGCACACCCCUUCACACACUACAGAAGAUUGGGAAAUGUGGGAGAGGAAACCAGAGUCAUAAAGACAAUGACAAAGAUGAACAACACACUGAUGCAGACAUGCCAGGUGAAGGAAAGGACAAAACCAGGAACAGAACAGACACAGCUGAUGGAGACAAAGAUGAACAGCAACAUGCUGAUGCAGACAUGCCAAGCGAAGGAAAUGAGAUGGGGCACAGGAAAGACACAGCUGAUGGAGACAAAGAUGAACAGCAACAUGCUGAUGCAGACAUGCCAAGAGAAGGAAAUGAGACGUGUCUUUCCUGUGCCCCAGCUGAUGGAGACAAAGAUGAACAGCAACAUGCUGAUGCAGACAUGCCAAGUGAAGGAAAUGAGACGGGGCACAGGAAAGACACAGCUGAUGGAGACAAAGAUGAACAGCAACAUGCUGAUGCAGACAUGCCAAGUGAAGGAAAUGAGACGGGGCACAGGAAAGACACAGCUGAUGGAGACAAAGAUGAACAGCAGCACAUUGAUGCAGACAUGCCUAGUGAAGGAAAUACUGAGACGGGGCACAGGAAAGACACAGCUGAUGGAGAUGAAGACAAAGAACAUGUCGAUGCAGACAUGCCUAGUGAAGGAAAGGACAAGAUCAAAUUUACAAACGAGACUGAUGGACUUAAUGAAAUGGAUAUGGGAUGCAGCACAGAGAAGACCGACAAUCACAUAAACAUAGACUUGCCAAAAGAUAAGAAUGAGAGAGGAAGUAACAAUCAGACUGAACAACACACACAAGAAGUCACCCAACCAUCCAUACCCCAAAAGCGUAAGAAAACCCUUUUGAAGAAUUCAACCCUCCGCAAAUGUGCCCGAAAAAUUUCCAGUGAUGAAGAGUCACCUGUCAAAGAAAAGUCAUUGGUGUCACCUCGCAGACUCCGGAAGAGGGCAGGUGGAUUAAGCCCAGUUGCUGUAGCCAGGAUGCAUAGAGCACUGAAAAUACUUGCAAGAAAAAGGGGACAAAAAAAUUAGGGCCUAAAAUAAAUUCAUUCAUGUUUCUCAUAAACUCAACAUUACUGAUAAUCAAUAAGAAAUUAAAGAAAAGCAGGGAAAGUUGUUCAGUUGGAUUGUUAUUGAUGCUCAAUGGUCUGUGAUUUUUGUUUUAUUUACAAAUUAGGAAUAUAUAUAUUUUUUUUAACUAAUUCAGGAUAAAAGACUUGAAACUUUUGUUUUAAAGGAAGUGGAAAAUGUUCAUUUU